AUGCGAAUUGAGUCACCUUUUACCAUAACUUUGACCGUAUCUGAGCAUUAUGAAAUUUCAAUUAAGGAACUGGACAACCUUUUGUCCCUCCUUGCAGAGAAGAAAAGAAAAACGGAACAAGAUGAAGCUGAACGAAAUAUGCAAAUACUGCUAGAUUUCUUGAAUCACUUACAAAAGCAAAAAGUUAAUGAAUUGAAUGAGGUGGAAACUGAUCUUCACUUUAUUAAAGAGGACAUAAAUUCGGUGGAGAGGCAUAAAAUAGAUUUGUAUCAUGCAAGAGAUAGAUACUCACUGAAAUUGAGGAUGCUUGGAGAUGAUUCUAGCACUAGAAAGCCAUGGGAUUCAUCCAUAGAAAGGAACAAUAGUGGAAUUACCUCUAGUUCUCUUAAUGUCAGAGUAGGUAUGUCUGCAAGGAACCUUCAAAACAAGAAGUCAGAUGGAAAGACACAGAUCAAUGACCUUCAAGAAUGUUACCUACAAAAGCGGCGUCAGUUGGCAAACCAACUACAUAUUAAACAAGAAAGAGAUAAGAAUUUCAUUCACAAUGAGGGUUAUAAUGCAGAUAUUGCAGACUUUCAGUUCGUGCUGAAUACUUUUACUCAAUACAGACAGUAUGUUGAUCAUUGGCCUGCAAUGCAACAUGUGACCAGCAGUAGGGAUAGCAGCAGCUCACUAAGCAAACUAGCAUUGGAGCUGAACUGA